GAAAGCACAACACGGGGGCUGGCGAGGGGAGGACAGAGCGGAGGACUCCCGAGCGUGGCUGCGUUGAGGAUUUUGCUCAGGACGGCAGCGACAGGAGGUAGGUGGGUGGGGGGCGAUAUUUGCCUUCCCUCCCCCGCUCCGAGCCUUCUCCUUUGUCCAGCCACUUUGAAGUGCUCUGAGCUCGCUGGAUUGGGAGCAUUGUUGUUCGCUAGCAAAAGAUAGGUCAUGCCGGGGAGAGAGUAGCCAGCGUACGGCGGGGCUCGGGCGGCAAAAGCUGAAGGAGACGGGGACGAGAGACUGCUCUGACGACUGCCGUUUGCUUCCCAGUUUCCCUGCCUGCAUGGAUCGUGAAAGAGACGCGUUGAGUUGACCCUGCCGGAGCUGUUUCUGCUUCUACAUGUGAGAUCCGGUUGUUUUAGUCUCUCCACCUAUCUCUUUCUCCAGCCUCCUUCCUGUAUUCUCCACUUAGCCCUGUAUGCAAAAUGGUGGACCCUGUGGGGUUUGUGGAGGCUUGGAAAGCACAAUUUGCCGACUCUGAGCCUCCUAAGAUGGAGCUGAAAUCUGUUGGAGACAUUGAACAGGAGCUGGAGAUGUGCAAAGCAUCUAUCCGGAGACUGGAGAUGGAGGUCAACAAGGAGAGGUUCCGCAUGAUUUACCUGCAGACUCUUCUGGCAAAGGAGAAGAAAAGCUAUGAUAGGCAGAGAUGGGGUUUUAAACGUGUUUCUCAGUUGCCUGAAGGGGGUGCAGAGCAGCAGAUCCAAGACCUGCAUCAUCACCAGUCUGCUGACCAAGAUGAAUAUGAAAAAAGCAAGUCACACCAUGAGGAGGAAAAGUUCAAACCCAGGAUACCCUCUCUGCGGAAGCUGUCUACCCAGAGCGAUGGGUCAGACCUAUCACCUUCAGACAGCCCACACCAUGGAGAGGGAGAGCAGGACAGGUGUAAGUACUAUGGUGAAGAGAAACUGAAGAGAGUUGUAGAAGAUAUGGAAAAUCGCUGUGAUACAGAUGGUUCUCCUUCCAAACACAGAUCAUCUUCCAGUCGCAGGCUAGUGGGGUCUGCCGAGAAGGAGGGUUCAUUUGAGCCUCUUACUAAGGAGAGAGGUAAUAGUACCAGCGUGGCAGCCCUAAGGUCCAAUUUUGAGAGGAUUAAAAAGGUUAAUUCCCAUUCUUCUGGAGAUAACAAGGAUGUUGUUGAAAAGCCCUUUUACGUCAACAUGGAGUAUCAUCAUGAGAAGGGUUUAGUAAAGGUCAAUGACAAAGAUGUCUCUGAUAAAAUAAGCUCCCUUGGUAGUCAAGCCAUGCAAAUGGAACGCAAAAAGUCUUUGCACUCCUUCCCUUCUAACAUGGUACCAAGCUUCAGCGAGUUCCAGAGGCCUGCUUACAGGGGAAGGUCCUCAGAGAGCAGCUUUGGCUAUGAUGGAGAGUAUGAGGAUGCUGAACUGAACCCCAGGUUUCUGAAAGAUAACCUGAUUAAUGCCAAUGGUAGCAACCGCUCACCUUGGCAGCCCAUGGACUUUCAACCCUAUCAAAGUAUCUACGUUGGUGGAAUGAUGGAAGGAGAAGGGAAAGGACCUGUGCUGCGAAGUCAGGGCACGACUGACCAGGAAAAGCAUCUCACAUGGCCAAGGAGAUCUUACUCCCCCAGAAGUUUUGAAGAUAUUGGAGGAGGAUAUACUCCUGACUGUAGCUCUAAUGAGAACCUUACCUCUAGUGAGGAAGACUUCUCCUCAGGGCAGUCCAGCCACGUCUCCCCCAGCCCCACCACGUACCGCAUGUAUCGGGACAAGAGCCGUUCUCCCUCCCAGAACUCACAGCAGUCCUUUGACAGCAGCAGUCCACCAACACCCCAGUCUCAGAAGCGGCACAGGCAGCAGCAGGUCAUUGUGUCUGAGGCUACCAUUGUGGGUGUAAGAAAAACAGGACAGAUCUGGCCAAGUGAUGGAGAUUUGCCUUCUGGGAGAUGUCACCAGGACAGCUGCUUCCAUGGGGAUACAGAUGCUUCAUUCAGUGGCACACCACCUAGCUAUGCGUACGAUGCCGACCGUGCUGAAGAGCAAAGGCGACAUCAUGAUAUGAUGCCCUACAUCGAUGACUCGCCAUCCUCCUCACCUCAGCUCAGUUCCAAGAGCCGGGGCAGCCGGGACACUCUGUCUUCAGGGUCUCUGGAAUCUACAAAAUCAAGUGAGCCAGACCUGGAGAAAGGCCUGGAGAUGAGAAAAUGGGUCCUGUCAGGAAUCCUGGCCAGUGAAGAAACAUACCUGAGCCACCUGGAGGCUCUGCUGCUGCCUAUGAAGCCUUUGAAAGCAGCUGCCACCACCUCUCAGCCUGUGCUGACUAGUCAGCAGAUUGAGACAAUAUUCUUCAAAGUGCCUGAGCUCUAUGAGAUCCACAAAGAAUUCUAUGAUGGGCUCUUUCCCCGAGUGCAGCAGUGGAGUCACCAGCAACGUGUAGGGGACCUCUUCCAAAAGCUGGCCAGCCAGCUGGGAGUGUACCGGGCCUUUGUGGAUAACUAUGAAGUUGCCAUGGAGACAGCAGAGAAAUGCUGCCAAGCCAACGCUCAGUUUGCUGAGAUCUCAGAGAAUCUAAAGGCUAGAAGCACAAAGGAAUCUAAAGAUCAGACGACGAAAAAUUCCUUGGAAACUCUGCUGUACAAGCCGGUGGAUCGAGUGACUCGCAGCACUCUUGUCCUGCAUGAUUUGCUCAAGCACACUCCAGUGAGCCACCCUGAUCACCCACUCCUGCAGGAUGCUCUGCGGAUCUCUCAGAACUUCCUCUCCAGCAUCAAUGAAGAGAUCACUCCUCGCCGGCAGUCCAUGACUGUGAAGAAGGGGGAGCACCGGCAGCUACUGAAGGACAGUUUCAUGGUGGAGCUGGUGGAGGGGGCUCGCAAGCUGCGCCAUGUCUUUCUUUUCACUGAUCUCUUCCUGUGUGCCAAGCUCAAGAAGCAGAUUGGAGGGAAAAGCCAGCAGUAUGACUGUAAAUGGUACAUCCCACUCACUGACCUUAGCUUCCAAAUGGUGGAUGAGUCUGAAGCAGUGCCCAAUAUCCCACUGGUACCUGAUGAGGAACUGGAUGCCAUGAAAAUCAAGAUAUCCCAGAUCAAGAGUGACAUCCAGCGUGAAAAGAGGGCCAAUAAAGGCAGCAAGGUGAUCGAGAGGUUGAAAAAGAAGCUCUCAGAGCAGGAGUCCCUCCUCCUGCUGAUGUCUCCCAGCAUGGCCUUCAGGGUACACAAUCGCAAUGGCAAGAGUUACACAUUCCUCAUUUCAUCCGACUAUGAAAGGGCAGAGUGGAGAGAGAACAUCCGGGAGCAGCAGAAGAAAUGCUUUAAAAGCUUCUCCCUCACAUCAGUGGAGCUCCAGAUGCUGACAAACUCCUGUGUGAAGCUUCAGACAGUCCACAAUAUUCCCCUCACUAUCAAUAAGGAAGAUGAUGAAUCUCCAGGGCUCUGUGGCUUCCUGAAUGUCAUUGUCCACUCUGCCACAGGAUUCAAGCAAAGUUCAAAUUUGUAUUGCACAUUAGAGGUGGAUUCCUUUGGGUAUUUUGUGAACAAGGCUAAAACCAGAGUGUACAGAGACACCACGGAGCCCAACUGGAAUGAGGAGUUUGAGAUUGAGCUGGAAGGUUCACAGACCCUGCGGAUCCUUUGCUAUGAGAAGUGCUACAACAAAACCAAGCUGACCAAAGAGGACGGCGAGAGUAGCGACCGCAUCAUGGGCAAAGGGCAGAUCCAGCUGGACCCUCAGGCGUUGCAGGACAAGGACUGGCAGCGCACAGUCAUCUCCAUGAAUGGGGUUGAAGUGAAGCUGUCAGUGAAGUUCACCAGCCGGGAGUUCAGCCUCAAGAGGAUGCCGUCUCGGAAGCAGACUGGGGUCUUUGGGGUCAAGAUUGCUAUUGUCACCAAGAGAGAGAGGUCCAAGGUGCCCUACAUAGUGCGGCAGUGCGUGGAGGAGAUCGAGCGGCGGGGCAUGGAGGAGGUGGGCAUCUACCGCGUCUCGGGGGUCGCAACCGAUAUCCAGGCUCUGAAAGCUGCCUUUGAUGUCAACAACAAAGAUGUGUCGGUUAUGAUGAGCGAGAUGGACGUCAACGCCAUCGCCGGCACCCUCAAGCUCUACUUCCGGGAGCUGCCCGAGCCCCUCUUCACAGACGAGCUGUACCCCAACUUUGCUGAGGGCAUUGCACUUUCAGAUCCUGUUGCAAAGGAGAGCUGCAUGUUGAAUCUGUUGUUAUCGCUUCCAGAACCCAACCUUGUGACAUUCCUUUUCCUUUUGGACCAUUUAAAAAGGGUUGCUGAGAGGGAAAGUGUUAACAAGAUGUCUCUGCACAAUCUGGCAACUGUCUUUGGACCAACGCUGCUCAGACCUUCAGAGAAGGACAGCAAAAUCCCUGCCAACCCCACCCAGCCUAUCACAAUGACUGACAGCUGGUCACUAGAAGUCAUGUCCCAGGUUCAAGUUCUUCUGUACUUUCUGCAGCUAGAGACUAUCCCUACCCCAGACAGCAAGAGGCAAAGCAUUCUCUUUUCCACAGAGGUGUAGGUGCCUGUGGUGCCAACAGGACACAACAAACUGCUCUUGGCAUAGAUCACAACUGAGAAAAAGACAGCUGCAUUUCUGCAAGCAUUUCUGGCCUUCUCCUGUCCUGGGGAUUGAAGGCCUGCCGCGUUUCUGCUGUGUGCUAACCAGAGACAAGCUGAAGAGCAAGGAGAGAAACCUCCAUUCUUGAUUGGCAGGACCAGAGCCAAGCUGGAGAUGGAACUGUGCAGAGUCUCUGCUAGAAGGAGCAACAGACACUUGAACAAAUGCACCACAGAGGGUGGCUGGUACUGUUGGGAGGGGACUGAAGGUAUUCCUCAUUUUAUGGAUUUAAUUUAUCAUAAAGAAACUUCCAGAUUUCUACUGCACACUUGCUAGGAUGCCCCUCUUUGGGGGAGGGGGUAAGGAUAGCUCACAACUGUGUCUUUAAUAACUGCUGUUUUUAAAGUACUGUUCUAGGCCACAACAAUAGCAUUGCUUUGCAAGAGGAGAGAAGAAGGGAAGGGUCUGGGAUCUUAAGGUUCCCUCCUCAGAAAUCCAAGUCUUGAUUUCAACAGGAGUCUAAAGAAAUUGAACAGUUUUGCACACGACUAGAACUGUUGAUUUCUUUAAGGGUUUUAUUGGUUUGGGGUUUUGUUGCCAUUUGGGUUUUUUUUGGCCCUACCCACCCCUUCCUUUGCAAACAUUUAUCCAGCUGUAGGGAAGGAGAUGCCCUGCUCUUGCCUAUGCUGCACUUCUGAGGGGUUUUUGGGGAGCCAGACCCAGUGGUGCUCCACUAUAAACAGCACAGCAAACGAGAGAGGCAGGGGGCGCUGGAGACAGUGGUGCUGUUUGCAGCU